GUCCGUUUCUACACAGUCGGUGAUCUGACACACACAGCGCUGCUAGAGAAAGGAGACAUCCCCAACACAGCACCAUAUUGAUGACAGAGUGAGAGUGAUGGGAUGCAAGGAGAAGAUAUUAUCCCGCUGCUGUUCUAUAUAGACGGACCGAUAGCAUGAGGAAAACUGGAGCUACGAGUGCACACUACAACAAAUAAGACGGAGAGGUGCUGCAAAAUGCGCCAUGCUUUACUCCUCGUCAUAACUCUGUGUGGCAGCCUGUUCUUAAUCUACCAUGCUGGUUUCCAUGGUACUACCAACGCGGCCGCGGCGGAGAGGUCCAGAGAUGGGAGUGAUGUAGCGAGAAGAAGAUGGCAGACUGAGCAGCAGCAGACCACCAGUACCCCACCUCCUCGCCCUACAGUCCUACAGGGAUACAGCGCUAUCAUCGACCACAAGCCUCUGAGAAUGCACUGCCAUAGCUGUGCAUUGGUCACCAGCUCUGGUCACCUGAUGGGUGGUGGUCGCGGCGAGGAGAUCGACCGGGCGGAGUGUGUCAUCCGUAUGAACGACGCCCCCACGGCGCUGGGGUACGGGCGAGACGUUGGGCGCCGCACCUCGCUACGCGUCAUCGCUCACUCCAGCAUGCAGAGGGUCCUACGGAACCGCCACGAACUGCUCAACGCAUCCCAGGACACAGUGUUUAUCUUCUGGGGGCCCAGUAAUUACAUGCGGCGGGAUGGGAAGGGUCUGGUCUACAACAACCUGAGGUUGAUGAACCAGGUGCUGCCCAAACUAAAGGUCUACAUCAUCUCCAUGCAGAAGAUGCUGCAGUUUGACGAACUCUUCAAGAGGGAGACGGGCAAGGACAGGCGAAUCUCUAACUCGUGGUUGAGUACUGGUUGGUUCACUAUGACCAUAGCUCUGGAGCUGUGUGACCGGAUCAAUGUCUACGGCAUGGUGGCUCCAGACCACUGCAGAGAGCCCCAGCCCCCAUCCUCCCCCUCCCCCUACCACUACUACGAGCCCCUCGGUCCAGAGGAGUGUGCCAUGUACAUCAGCCAUGAGCAGGACCGCAGGGGCAGCCAUCACCGCUUUAUCACGGAGAAGAGGGUCUUCACCAGCUGGGCUCGAACCUUCAACAUCCACUUCUACCAGCCUGACUGGGAGCCCCCGCCGCUGACCCCGCUAACCGCAAACCACCGCUAACUGCUGACCACUGCUAACUGCUGACCCCGCUAGCCGCUGACCCCGCUAGCCGCUGACCCCGCUAAACUCUGACCCCGCUAACCGCUGAACCCGCUAACCGCUGACCACCGCUAACCUAUGACCACCGCUAACCGCUGACCACCGCUAACCGCUGACCACCGCUAACCUCUGAACCCGCUAACCGCUGACCCCGCUAGCCGCUGACCCCGCUAACCUCUGAACCCGCUAAAUGCUGAACCCACUAACCGCUGACCCCGCUAACCACUGACCUCUGCUAACCUCUGAACCCGCUAACCGCUGACCCCGCUAGCCGCUGACCCCGCUAACCUCUGAACCCGCUAACCGCUGAACCCACUAACCACUGACCCCCGCUAACCACUGACCACUGCUAACCACUGACCCCCGCUAACUACUGACCACCGCUAACCACUGACCCCCGCUAACGACUGACCCCUGCUAACCACUGACCCCCGCUAACUACUGACCACUGCUAACCACUGACCACUGCUAACCACUGACCACUGCUAACCACUGACCUCCGCUGACCACUGACCACCGCUGACCGCUGAACCCGCUAACCGCUGACCACCGCUAACCACUGACCACUGCUAACCGCUGACCCCUGCUAACCACUGACCCCCACUAACCACUGACCACUGCUAACCACUGACCCCCGCUAACCACUGACCACUGCUAACCGCUGACCCCCGCUAACCACUGAUCACCGCUAACCACUGAUCCCCGCUAACCGCUGCCACCCCGCUAACCACUGCCCCCCGCUAACCACUGCCCCCACUAACAGCUGACCACCGCUGAUUCUCGCUAACCGCUGACCCACACUGACCCCCGCUAAACCCCCGCUAACCGCACGCAGGGGGAGACGGAGAAGGUCAGGAUCAGAAUACGUGACUGGUGACCGGGAGAGGGACCGGGAUGGGGAUCGCUGGGCGUCUGUGGAAGAGAUGCCUCUCAGAUGGACUGAGGACUUGGCUGGAGCAGGCUGGACUGCAUGGGAUGGUCCAAAGCCUUCUGACCACAACUGGUACUGGUCCAACUGGUACUGGUUCUAAAUGGUCUGGUACUGGUCCAACUGGUCAGAUACUGGUCCAACUGGUACUGGUCAGAUACUGGUCCAACUGGUCAGAUACUGGUCCAACUGGUACUGGUCAGAUACUGGUCCAACUGGUACUGGUCAGAUACUGGUCCAACUGGAACUGGUCCAUACAGAACAGAGUCCUUCAGGGAGGAUCCACAGUCCUCCUCUUGUUAUCUGUCAUGGACAACUGUAAGGACCAAAUACGGUUGGAUGCACUGGAUGGGUCUACAUGGAGUAGACCAUGGUCAAACAGUGGAAGGGCUCAGAGAUGGAGUAGACCAUGGUCAAACAGUGGAGUGGCUCAGAGAUGGAGUAGACCAUGGUCAAACAGUGGAGUGGCUCAGAGAUGGAGUAGACCAUGGUCAAACAGUGGAGUGGCUCAGAGAUGGAGUAGACCAUGGUCAAACAGUGGAAGGGCUCAGAGAUGGAGUAGACCAUGGUCAAACAGUGGAAGGGCUCAGAGAUGGAGUAGACCAUGGUCAAACAGUGGAAGGGCUCAGAGAUGGAGUAGACCAUGGUCAAACAGUGGAGUGGCUCAGAGAUGGAGUAGACCAUGGUCAAACAGUGGAGUGGCUCAGAGAUGGAGUAGACCAUGGUCAAACAGUGGAGUGGCUCAGAGAGGAACAAUACCGUCCUGUGGAACACUUCUGUCACCUUCAGGUUAGACUGGCCUGUAUGUUUCAUUUAGUCUGAAACAGAGGAAACAUCACUGUGUAUGUUCCACCUCAGUCUGAAGUUAGGACACUGGGUGGUUCUACACUGAGUGGACAAGUUCUUGACACAAACCGGUGAGCCUGGCACCUACUACCCCUUUUUACUCAGUGUAUAACAGAGGUAACAGCAUUGGACAUUCCACUCAGAUAGAGACUCACUCACUGCAUAUUGGGCUAUUGUUGUAACUGUAAUUACUAUUACAUUAACACUACUGUAAUUCUGUAACUACUGUAAUUACUGUUACAUUAACAGUACUGUAAUUAUGUAACUACUGUAAUUACUAUUACAUUAACACUACUGUAAUUACUAUUACAUUAACACUACUGUAAUUACUAUUACAUUAACACUACUGUAAUUCUGUAACUACUGUAAUUACUAUUACAUUAACACUACUGUAAUUCUAUAACUACUGUAAUUACCAUUACAUUAACACUACUGUAAUUCUGUAACUACUGUAAUUGCCCUUACAUUAACAGUACUGUAAUUCUGUAACUACUGUAAUUACUAUUACAUUAACACUACUGUAAUUCUGUAACUACUGUAAUUAUUAUUACAUUAACACUACUGUAAUUCUGUAACUACUGUAAUUACCAUUACAUUAACAGUACUGUAAUUCUGUAACUACUGUAAUUACUAUUACAUUAACAGUACUGUAAUUCUGUAACUACUGUAAUUACCAUUACAUUAACAGUACUGUAAUUCUGUAACUACUGUGAUUACUAUUACAUUAACACUACUGUAAUUCUGUAACUACUGUAAUUACUAUUACAUUAACACUACUGUAAUUCUGUAACUACUAUAAUUACUAUUACAUUAACACUACUGUAAUUCUGUAACUACUGUAAUUACUAUUACAUUAACACUACUGUAAUUCUGUAACUACUGUAAUUCCAUUACAUUAACAGUUUUUGA